AUGCCGUCACUGAAACUUCAGUUCCUGACCGCUGAGGCAGACACCACUGUCUCUUCGUCAGCACAAUUCCUGGAGAAACUCAAAGGGGUAAGCAUCCAUCCAAAUGAGUUCAUGGUAUCUUUUGAUGUUACAUCCCUUUUUACUUCUAUUCCUCAGGACCUGACGAUCGAGACAAUGGAGCUGCUACUACAAAGCAAAUACGAUGAAACGGAGAACCGUCUUGGACACGCCCAAAUCCUUCAGCUCCUGAAGCUCUGUCUCAGGACGUACUUCACGGUCGACGGGACAAUCUACGAACAGGUGAAGGGCACACCAAUGGGUUCGCCGAUUUCGGGAUUCAUCGUCGAGGCGGUCCUGCAACGGUUAGAGUUGCUGGUCUUCCAACACCACAAACCGAAAUUCUGGGCCCGGUAUGUGGAUGAUAAUUUCGUCAUCAUCGAACGGGAUCAAGUGUUGACAUUCCAAGAACAUCUCAACGCCGUCUUCCCGGACAUUCAAUUUACGAUAAAGGAGGAAGAGAACAACCAGUUGGCCUUCCUGGAUGUCCUCGUAUGCCGCAAAGAUUGUGGUGAACUAAAAACCAAAGUGUUUAGGAAAGCGACAAAUACGAUGCAAAUACUGAACUUCAACAGUAACCACCCAAUCAGCCACAAACGCAGUUGUGUAAGGACGCUCUAUCGGCGUGUCAAAACGCACUGCAGUGAGCCGGAAAACAAAAUUGCCGAACUACAAUACCUGCGACGGGUCUUCAAAGCCAGUGGCUACCCGCGCAACUUCGUCGAUCGGUGCAUACGCAAAAGGGACGAAAGGCCUAACCACACGGACACCAAAUCUUGCCGGGCACUUCCGUAUGUCAAGAACGUUUCGGAAGCUGUCGGCCACCUUCUCGCACCACUUGGGGUUGGAGUGGCACACAGACCGGAGGCAACCAUCAGGCGUCUGGUCAUGAAACCGAAAGACCCACUGCCACGGAUAGAAACGUCUGGAGUCGUUUAUCGGAUCUGGUGCAGGUGCGGACAAAGCAACUACGUCGGAGAAACCGGAAGACAGCUCCGAAGGAGAAUGGCCGAACACGCGGCAGCGGUGCGCAGAAAUGACGCCAGCUCUCAAGUUGCGGCUCAUUCGACGAGACCCGGCCACACAUUUAAAUUCGAUGAGGCCGAAAUUCUCGCUAGAGGUGACAACCGCGUGAGCCGGGAGCUACUGGAAUCAUGGUUUACUGGCCCCCAGUCCAUCAACAAGUGCAACGAUCUUCCGACUUCAUACUCGGUGCUGAGACUUCGCCUAGGCGGAGUAACAAGCCAUGCGGAGAGGGCAGAGGUGAACACUUUUCCCGACACCGAGGUCGGUGCGUCAGAUGGUCGAGCAAUCAUCACGCCAACAUCCAACGCACGUGAUGAAAUUGCAGCAAUUAUCGACUCGAAUGUCGGCCAUCAAGCAAUGAUCACACCAAGUGCGACGAUCCCGGAUGAAGGGGGGAGCCGUGAAUGCUCAUAG